AGGAUUAAAGUAACAGUGGAGUGGGAAGUGAGUGAAAUAGUCAGCUGCUGGGUUUUGCAAGGUGUUGUAUCUUCUAUUUUCGCACAGAUCCAUCUUUGAAUUUAAUUUAAAAUGAAAUUUCAAUACAAAGAAGAACAUCCUUUUGAGAAAAGGAAAGCUGAAGGUGAAAAAAUCAGGAAGAAGUAUCCCGAUAGAGUACCUGUGAUUGUUGAGAAAGCUCCUAAAGCUAGAAUCGGAGACUUGGACAAGAAGAAGUACUUGGUGCCGUCAGACUUGACUGUCGGUCAGUUUUACUUCUUGAUCCGAAAACGUGUCCAUCUUCGUCCAGAAGAUGCUCUUUUCUUCUUUGUGAACAAUGUCAUUCCCCCAACCAGCGCCACAAUGGGUUCCUUGUACCAGGAACACCACGAAGAAGAUUUCUUCUUGUACAUUGCCUACAGUGAUGAGAAUGUCUACGGCACAGACGCCUAAGAUCAGACAAGAUUUCAGGUUGAAAACAUAACCAAAUUAUUAAAUGUUGAAACUUUGACAUCAAUGAAUUAGUUUUUGUAUUAAAAUUUUUGAGUAUUCAGAAAUAUAAAAUAUUAUGUAUUUUCAAUUUAGUAAAACUUCUUUCACUAUAAUUAUCGUUCUUUUAAAUCACAAUUGAUUGUGUCUUUAAAUCUUUUAUAAAUACCUUAAUUGAGUUUAGGAAUUAUCUGAGUUGAAGUUGUUUUGUUUGUAUAUUACUCGAGUAAUUGAUCAUUCAACAAUGAGUAUUUAAUAUUGGUGUAUUUUUCAAUUUGUACCAAUAUUAAUUCUGUCUGAGUUAUAUUGUUUUGUUAUAUUUAUACUGUCUAUAUUUAGUUAUAGUCUUUCACAAUUUAUGACUUAAUACACAAAUCAUUGUUGCUGUAAAUAUGAUUUACUUUACUUUAUGAACUAUUGCCUUUUUUAAGCAAUUAACUAACCAUUAGGACAUUUAAGUGUGUGAUUUGCACUUUUUCUGUUUAGUUCUGAUAUCUGUGUACUAACUAGUGGAUUUUCAAUAAAAUGUAAAUAUAUAUUUGAA